CAUUUCACGUGAUAUGGGGCACUACAAAAAAGAGACCUGAUAAGAAGAAGAAAAGAGAGAUAACAGGACAUGAAGAACAUGUAGCCAGCUGGAAGCUUUGCCAGCAGGCUCUCAACUGAUGCAAAAAAGAGGAACUAAAGCAAACAUGCCUCCACCAGCUACCACCAACCUGGGCUACACCCCUCCAGACGGAGGCUGGGGCUGGGCCGUGGUGUUUGGGUCCUUCAUCUCCAUCGGCUUCUCUUACGCCUUCCCCAAAUCCCUUACCAUCUACUUUAAGGAAAUCCAGGAGUAUUUCUCCAUCUCCUACAGCCAGAUAGCCUGGGUGUCCUCCAUCAUGCUGGCUACCAUGUACGCAGGAGGACCUGUGAGCAGUAUUUUGGUGAACCGCUAUGGGAGCCGCCCAGUGGUGAUAGUCGGCGGGCUAAUGGUUGGGGUUGCUAUGGUAACGGCUUCCUUUGGCACCACCAUUUUGCAUUUGUAUUUAUGCGUGGGGGUCAUCGGAGGCUUUGGCUUAGCUUUUAACCUGCAACCAGCUCUUACCAUAAUCGGUAAAUACUUCCUUGUGAAAAGGCCCAUAGCAAAUGGCCUGGCGAUGGCAGGUAGCCCUGUCUUCCUGUCCACCCUGGCUCCCCUCAACCAGUUUCUCUUCGACCAUUUUGGAUGGAGAGGAAGCUUCCUCACUCUCGGAGGAGUGAUGCUCAACUGCUGCGUGGCAGGAUCUCUUAUGAGACCCAUCGAGAUAAAAAUGAAACUUCCGGUGAGCAAAACCACUGAUGAGAACAAUGCAGGAGAGCUGGACGUCACACCUCAAACAGCUGAGUCCAAGCAGUCGGGCUGUGCUGCAAAGAUCAACCAAUUCAUUGAUGUCUCCCUCUUUAAGCACAGAGGCUUCCUGAUCUAUCUCGUAGGGAAUGUGCUUAUGUUUUUUGGAUUUUUUGCUCCAGUUGUCUUCCUGGCACCAUAUGCCAAGCAUCAAGGGAUAGAUGAGUACUCCGCAGCGUUCCUGCUCUCCAUAUUCGCUUUGGUAGACAUGUUUGCUCGUCCAGGAACAGGUUUGGUCGCCAACACCAGGUGGAUCAGACCCAAGAUCCAGUAUUUCUUCAGCUUCGCUGUGACAUAUAAUGGCCUGUGCCAUGUGAUGUGUCCGCUCUUACCAGGUUACAGUGGUCUGGUGGUGUACGCCGUGUUUUUUGGCCUGGCUUUCGGCAUGGUGUGUGCUCUUCUGUUCGAGACGCUCAUGGAUUUGGUGGGAGCCCAGCGGUUCUCCAGUGCGGUUGGGCUUGCUACCAUUAUAGAGUGUGGGCCUGUCCUGCUGGGGCCGCCCAUCUCUGGUUUGCUGGUGGACAUCUUCAUGGACUAUAAAUACAUGUACUUUGCUUGUGGCGUCAUGAUGCUGGCUGGAGGCAUCUUUCUCUUUAUCAUGAACUAUUACAACUACAGGUGGUUGGAAAAGGAACAGACACAGAGAAAGGUGGAGGGGCUGGAGAUCGGCCUUGCCAAUGAGGAGGACAAAGACAAUGAAGAAGAGAUCAAACUCAGCACAGAGGAAGAAGAGAAGUAGGAAACUCCACCAGCAAAGAUUUAUAAAUCUGUCUUCUAUCUAUCUGUGUGUCUGUCAUACCAUCUGUCUUUUGUUCUGUCUAUCAUUCUACCUGUCUAUAUCUGUCAGAUCUAUCUACUGAGAGGUGGAUGUUGAAAUUAUUUUAUAAUCUUAACGUGCAUUAUGUUUCCAUUGUGACAAGAGACAUUAAAAGUAGUGCCAGAGGGA